GACCCAGCAGGCUGCCGGUGCUGCCGGGGUGCAGGCAGACGUACGUGCCGUCAGGAACGCGCUCGGUGCUGAUGCAGGCUGGAGGCGGGACUUCGCACAUCAGCAGGCGCGACGUCGCUUCGCUGUUUUCCAACAGAUGACGGAUUGACGUGUGUCGUGACGCAAUUAAUGACAAACAACCUGCAGCUUACUUCCUACCAUACGUGACACACAGGCCCGCUGCUCCGCAGGAUGCUUUAGUGUGAAGAUUUUUGAGUCUCACGUAUUCAGAUCUCUGCAGGCCUCUCCGAGCGUAUCUUCCUGCCUCCCGUCCUGACAGCAGGUUUGCAGCAUCAUGGGAGGCGUGGCGUUGGACGUGGGUGGACCAGGAGUGAAGGCUCCAGAUGGUGGGUGGGGCUGGGCAGUGCUGUUCGGCUGUUUCAUCAUCACAGGCUUCUCCUACGCUUUUCCUAAAGCAGUCAGUGUCUUCUUCAAGGAGCUGAUCAGGGAGUUUGGGGUGGGCUACAAAGACAUGGCAUGGAUAUCUUCCAUUCUGCUGGCCAUGCUGUAUGGCACAGGUCCUCUGUGCAGCGUGCUGGUCAACAGGUUUGGUUGUCGUCCGGUGAUGAUGGUGGGUGGCCUCUUUGCCUCCUUGGGAAUGAUCAUGGCCUCCUUCUCCACAAACAUCAUUCAUAUCUACUUCUGUACUGGGAUCAUUACAGGUCUGGGGUUAGCACUGAACUUCCAACCUUCUCUGAUUAUGCUCAACCGUUACUUUAAUAAGAAGCGUCCACUAGCCAACGGGCUUGCGGCUGCAGGAAGCCCUGUGGCCCUGUGCUGCCUCUCUCCACUGGGUCAGGUGCUCCAGUACCAUUAUGGAUGGAGGGGGGGCUUCCUCAUCUUUGGUGGCAUUCUCCUCAACUGUUGUGUCUGCGGAGCCCUCAUGAAGCCACUGGUUGGCCCCAAGUGCCCAGAACAGGAGGAAGAGGGUAUGCAAGUGGUAAAAAAGAAGAAAGUCAAGCUUCUGGACUUCUCUGUUUUCAAAGACACUGGCUUUGUCAUCUACACUGUGGCAGCGUCCAUCAUGGUGCUGGGGUUGUUUGUACCCCCACUGUUUUUUGUGUCCUACGCCAAAGAGCUGGGGAACGAGGACACUAAAUCAGCUCUACUACUCACUGUCCUGGGGUUCGUAGACAUUUUUGCAAGGCCAACGUGCGGUGUGAUCGCAGGACUGAAGUGGGUGCGACCACGUUGUGUGUAUUUCUUCAGCUUUGCUAUGCUGUUCAAUGGAGUCACCGAUAUCAUCGGCUCACAGUGUAAAGACUAUGCAACUCUGGUGGUCUACUGCAUCUUCUUUGGCAUCUCCUAUGGCAUGGUGGGUGCCCUGCAGUUUGAGGUUCUCAUGGCAAUAGUUGGAACUGAGAAAUUCUCCAGUGCCAUUGGACUGGUUCUGCUCAUGGAAGCUAUUGCUGUGCUGGUGGGGCCACCUGGUGCAGGUGGCCUGCUUGAUGCCACCAGGGAAUAUAUGUUUGUCUUCUUGCUGGCAGGAACUGAGGUGACACUGUCUGCUCUGGUCCUGUGUAUUUGUAACAUCUUGUUUAUCAAGAAGAAGUCUCCGGCGAGGACAGAGGAGACGGAAACUGUCAGCAUGACGGAUGGCACCAAAAUGGAGGCCCACAACAAACCUGCCGGCGUGGACGGCGAGGAGGAGAAAGGAGCAAGAGAAGAGCACAAGACUGAGAAGGUGAAGGUCAUAAAGGAAGGAGGCGAGAAAGCAGAAGAGGAAGUCAGACCAGAGAGUGUCAUUGUGGACUCGAGUGAAGUAGAACGGUUCUUGAAAGAGCCGCAGCAAAAUGCCGACGUGGCCGUCAGUCCAGAAACGUGCCUGUGAGGAGAAAUGAUGGAAUAAUACCAACACCCCUUGCAUUAAAAUGAUGAAGCUAGAAGAAAGUUAGUUUUCCCCGUAUUGUUCGGUGUGAUGUUUGUGUAUGACUACUAUAUGAAAUAUGUCAGCAAUAGUUGAACAAAAAUUGUGGCAGUUAAUAGUGUCCAGUAAAUGAUUCCGUGACAGCAAUACCCAGAGUAUAGAGCUUCAUGAAAGUCACGCUUUAAAAUGCUGUUGUUUAAAGUCCUGAAAUAAAAACACGACUUUUUAAUCUA